GUCCGGCUCCCGGGCCUGCGCGGGCGCGGCCUUGUCGCCUCCGGACCCCGGCCGUCCGGCCGCCCCGGGAGUCUUCCAAAUGGGUGCCGCGUGAAUCAGGAGUUGCUGCCUCUGCCCUCAUGCUGAAAGUGCUCUGCUGCCUGUCUGCUGGAGCCCCAGAAUCCUGACCUCCCUGGGGAGUGGCUCUCUCAGCACCCAUGUCCAACAGAAUGUACCAGGUCCCGCUGCCUCUGGAGCGGGAUGGAACCCUGUUCCGGCUGCGCUUCACUGCUGUGGCUAUGGCUACCGUCUCCUGCCCCCUCUUGGCCUUUCUCUUCUGUGUCAUCUGGUCCCUGUUCUUCCACUUCACGGAGACCACAUCCACCCACUGUGGGGUGCCCAAUUACCUUCCAUCGGUGAGUUCAGCUAUUGGUGGGGAAGUGCCCCAGCGCUACGUCUGGCGUUUCUGCAUCGGCCUGCACUCUGCCCCCCGUUUCCUGGUGGCCUUUGUCUACUGGAACUACUACAGGAGCUGCCCUUCACCCUGCUUUGGCUAUGACCAGCUCUGCCUUCUCAACUUGGGUCUCAACCUUCUGGAGAAUGUGGCCCUGCUUCUGCUCACCUAUGUCUCCUCCUCAGAGGACUUCACCAUCCAUGAGAAUGCCUUCAUCGUGUUCAUCGCAGCAGCUCUGGGCCACAUGCUGCUAACCUGUAUCUUGUGGCGUCUGACGAAGAAACACACAGUAAGUUUGGAGGAACGUAAGUCCUACAGCUGGAAACAACGACUUUUUAUUGUCAACUUUGUCUCUUUCUUUAUGGCCCUAGCUGUCUACUUCCGACACAACAUGUACUGUGAGCCAGGAGUGUACACCAUCUUUGCGGUCCUUGAGUACACCGUGGUUCUGACUAACAUGGGCUUCCACAUGACUGCCUGUUGGGACUUCGGGAACAAAGAGGUGUUUAUUACCUCCCCGACAGAAGAUAAAAGAUUCUGAGCCAGGCUGGACCAUGUUGAAGAAGACCCAGCCUGAUUAGAAGGGUGCAGAGGGGACAGAGAAUGCACUCCCUGCCCUAUCCCCCAGAUUCACCCACCCCAAAACCUGAUGGAGAAAAUAUAGAACUCUAGCCCCCA